CCUCACAACGGCCCCUAGGACAGCAUGCUCGUGUUCGCUUCAGUUGUGCUCGCUCUCGGCGGCGUCGCCUCUGCCACUCCUGGUCUGAGACGCUCCAGCAAGGUCAAGGAGAGCAUUAACGUUCCUCGUAACUGGGUCAAUGUCGGCACUCCUCCUGCGGACCACAAAAUCAACCUGCGCAUCGCGUUCCCGCAGCCCAACUUUGCUACGCUCGAGAGCCAUCUCUACGAGGUCAGCGAUCCGUCUCACCCGAGGUAUGGAGCGCAUCUCUCGAAGGAGGAGGUGGACGAGUUGGUGAAGCCACACGGUGAGAGUGUCGAUGCUGUCUCGAGGUGGUUGGAGGAGCACAACAUCCAGGAGAGCGAUUGCGCGAGGGGUCCGGACUGGGUCAAAGUGAAGGUGCCUGUGUCGAUGGCAGAGAAGAUGUUGGACACGAAAUAUUAUAUGUGGCAACAUGCUGUCGACGGAGACGUGAUUGUUCGCACGACGAGCUAUGCACUUCCCGAGGACCUUCAUGAGCAUGUCUCAGGCGUGCAGCCAACUACUAUGUUCGGUCGCCUCAAGCCCCAGCGCUCCUUCAUUAGCGUCAUUGAUCAUGCCGAUUCUAUCCCCGAGAGCACGGGUUCCAUUACCUCUGGAUCUGGUACCGUGGUCGACAACAGCUGUAACUCGACUAUCACCGUCACAUGCAUCAACGAGCUCUACAAUGUCACCGACUUCAACGCAAGUGCUACGAAUGGAAACGCCAUUGGCUUGACGGGUUACCUCGAGCAGUUCGCGAACUUCCAGGAUUUGCAGGACUUCUACGCCGACCAGCUUCCGCAAGCUGUUGGCACCAACUUUAGCGUUGAGCUCGUGAACGGUGGAGAGAACGACCAGACACCUGCCAACGCCGGUGCGGAAGCAAACCUCGAUACCCAAUUCGCUCUCGGUGUCUCGUUCCCAACCCCUGGUCUGUUCUGGUCUACUGGUGGAUCCCCACCAUUUAUACCCGACACUGGAACCCCCACUGAUACCAAUGAACCUUACACCGAGUGGCUGGACUUCGUCCUCAACCAGACGACUAUUCCUCAAACCAUCUCGACUUCUUACGGUGAUGAUGAGCAGACAGUCCCCGAGUCCUUCGCUAUUACUGCUUGCAAUGGCUUUGCUCAACUCGGCGCCCGCGGUGUCUCUGUAAUGUUCAGCUCCGGAGAUGGUGGUGUCGGCGAUGGCGACUCAAAUCCCGCCACUCAGCAGUGCUUCUCUAACAACGGCACAAACGCUACUGUCUUCAUCCCCGCCUUCCCUGCCAGCUGUCCAUUCGUGACCGCCGUCGGCGCCACCAACCACAUCCCUGAGACCGCCGUCUCUCGCUUCUUCUCCGGCGGUGGCUUCUCCAACUACUUCGUCCGUCCCUCCUACCAAGACUCCGUCGUCUCUGCCUACCUCGCCGCCCUCCCCGAAGGCACCUACGCCGGCCUCUUCAACGCCUCCGGCCGUGCCUACCCCGACGUCUCCGCCCAGGGCGACUUCCUCCGCAUCUUCAUCGACGGCUCGCCUACCCUCAUCGGUGGUACUUCGGCCAGUUCGCCGACGUUUGCGGGAGUUAUUGCGUUGUUGAAUAGUGCGAGGAUCGAUGCGGGGUUGAGCACGCUUGGGUUUUUGAACCCGUUCUUGUACUCGACUGGGUUCGCGGGUUUGACGGACAUUCUCGUUGGGAACAAUGCGGGAUGUGGAACGACAGGCUUCAACGUUACUUCUGGGUGGGACCCAGUAACCGGUCUGGGAACACCCAACUUCGGCCUCUUGAAGGAUAUCGUGUUGGCUCUGCCCUGAGAAGAAGGCGCGAGUCAAAACGGAGCAAGGGGAGAAGUGUACGGAAGGUUGUGGACUUGUGUUUUGUGGGCUUUGUGUUUUGUGAUUUUUAUUUGUUGUCAGGAAUUAUUUUGAACGAAGCUCUGGGCCACAUGAUUUGCGCCACAAUGUUCCGA